AUGUCCCAGUCGUCAUCAGAGAGCAUGUCCGCAGCAAAUCAAAAUGGAGCAGUUCCAGGCGAGCCAGUGAAGAAGGAUGAAAACUCCCGGAGAGGGAACUGGGGCAACCAGAUUGAGUUUGUCCUCACCAGCGUGGGCUAUGCUGUGGGUCUGGGCAAUGUCUGGAGGUUUCCCUACCUCUGCUACAGAAAUGGAGGAGGUGCCUUCAUGCUACCAUACUUUAUCAUGCUGGUGUUCUGCGGCAUUCCUCUCUUCUUCCUCGAGCUGUCCUUUGGUCAGUUCGCCAGCCAGGGGUGUCUGGGUGUCUGGAAGAUCAGCCCUAUGUUCAAAGGUGUAGGCUAUGGCAUGAUGGUGGUGUCCACCUACAUUGGGAUCUAUUACAACGUGGUCAUUUGCAUUGCUUUCUACUACUUUUUCCAGUCCAUGACAAACUUGCUGCCAUGGACAUACUGCAACAACCCCUGGAACACGGCGGCCUGUGUCGGGGUGGUGAGCCACCCUAUCAACGCCACUCUGGUGAACGCUACCACCACCCUGGCAGCGGGUGUCACUGAGGUAGUCAACCGCACCAAGAGGACCAGCCCCAGUGAGGAGUACUGGAAACACUAUGUGUUGAACAUCUCUGACGGCAUUGGGAACUUUGGAGAAUUACGUCUCCCUAUCCUGGGCUGCCUGGCCAUCUCCUGGUUUGUCGUCUUUCUCUGUCUCAUCAGGGGCGUUAAAUCUUCUGGAAAGGUGGUGUACUUCACAGCCACUUUCCCGUAUGUCGUUUUGACCAUCCUGUUCAUUCGUGGCAUCACCUUGGAUGGAGCCGUUAACGGUAUCAAGUAUUACCUGACUCCACAGUGGCAGAAGGUCCUCGAUGCAAAGGUGUGGGGAGAUGCUGCAUCACAGAUUUUCUACUCCCUGGGCUGUGCUUGGGGUGGUCUCAUUACCAUGGCUUCCUAUAACAAGUUCCACAACAACUGUUUCAGAGACAGCAUCAUCAUCAGUAUAACCAACUGUGCGACCAGUGUCUAUGCCGGUUUUGUCAUUUUCUCCAUCCUUGGCUUCAUGGCGCACCAACUGAACGUUCCCGUGUCAGAGGUGGCCGACCACGGCCCGGGGCUGGCCUUUGUGGCCUACCCAGAAGCCCUCACUCUGCUUCCCAUUUCCCCACUCUGGUCGCUGCUCUUCUUCUUCAUGCUCAUUCUUCUGGGACUGGGGACUCAGUUCUGUCUGCUGGAGACGCUGGUGACGGCCAUUGUCGACGAGAUCGGCACAGACUGGAUCAUCAGAAACAAGACCGUGGUCACACUGUCAGUGGCCAUAGUCGGAUUCUUACUGGGAGUGCCACUAACAACACAGGCAGGAAUCUAUUGGUUGCUGCUGAUGGACAACUACGCUGCUAGUUUCUCUUUGGUUGUCAUCUCCUGCAUCAUGUGCAUCUGCAUCAUGUAUAUUUAUGGUUACAGGAACUACUUUAGAGAUGUUGAGAUGAUGUUGGGCUUCCCUCCUCCUCUCUUCUUCAGAGUGUGCUGGAGAUUCGUCUCCCCCGUCAUCAUCUCCUUCAUCCUGAUCUUCACAGUGAUCCAGUACAAGCCCAUCACCUACAAUGACUACGUGUAUCCCGGCUGGUCCCUGGCUAUUGGCUUCUCCAUGGCUUUGUCCUCAGUGAUCUGCAUACCUGUUUACGCCCUCUACAAGAUCUCAAGGUCCCCAGGAGCUACCUUCAGAGAGCGGUUGAAGCACGCUUGCAGAGCACAUCCAAAGUGGGGCCCUGCCCUGCAGGAGCACCGGACAGGCCACUACGCUCCCAUGGCCUCCGAAGACACUGUGGAGGCUCGUCCCCUCAAGGAGAAGGAUGAGCUGAAGGAAGAGCUGAAGGAGGAGGAGAAGGAGAAGGAGAAGGAGAGUAAGGAUGAAAUCAGCCUCACCAUCCAGGGAAGCAACGGCUCCACCAACACACACAACAACCCCAACCCCAGUGCAUAG